ACAAAAAGAAAAUUGACUUUUCGGACUACUUCUUGAUGGAGUGAUUGAAAUUUAAUCCUUAAAUUACAAUAAAAAAUUCUAUUAAUCAGUAUUAUUUUUUAAGCUUUCUAAUUAUUUUUUUUACUUUGUUUUAUAGCGUUGCAUUUCCAUUAUUAGCUUAAACUCGAAUUGUAAACUGUCAUGUCUGUUGGAGAAAUCAUUUGCUAUUUUGCAGCAAUUUAUUUGACUUUAUAUUUUUUGUGUCACAUUAGUCGACCUGCUAAGUUUUACGUGAAAUUAAUAUUCUAUUACUUUGCAAUAUUCUCUGUAACAACCGUUGCUAUUCCAUUUUCAUUGCUUCAUCCUGGAGAUCCUGAUAAUUUACUGUAUGCUUCAUGGAUGGUUCAUCAUAUAAUUUCUCCUGUAUUUGGAUUAAAGUGGGAUGUUAAGAACAAAGAACUCUUAAAAUCUAAAGAACCUUGUGUUUUUGUUUGCAAUCAUCAAAGUGCAUUAGAUAUUAGUGGCAUGAUGUAUAUUUGGCCACUUUUUCAUCCUGGUGUACCAGUUUUAAAAAAAGAGUUGCUUUUCACCGGACCAUUUGGCAUAUUUUGUUGGCUUUGUGACUGUAUCUUUGUUGAUCGAUGCAACUCGGCAGCUGCUUACAAAAUUCUUAAUAAGAAAAUUACUGCUAUGAAAGAUAAGAAGGUAAAAUUGUGGUUUUUCCCAGAAGGUACCAGAAAUGACAAAGGAACUUUACUUCCUUUUAAAAAGGGGGCUUUUCAUAUAGCUACUCAGACAAAGGUUCCUAUUGUACCUAUUGUCUUCUCUCAAUAUACUGAUUUCUACAGUAUCAGUAAGAAGAUUUUUGAUCGAGGCACAAUUACAGUUACAGUUUUACCCUGGGUAAGUACAGAAAAUCUAACAGCAUCUGAUGUACCAUUAUUGACAGAACAAGUUCGUGAAGUUAUGAUGACUAAUCUUGCCCAAUCAGCUGAUAAUUAUUCUAAUAAAACAUCUAUUAAAAAUGAAUUAUUGCAUUGAUCAUCUAAUUCCAAUUCCUGCUAUUAUUGUGUAGCAAAUAUUAAAUUUGUUGUGUAAGUCUUCUUUAAUGAAACCAACAAAUGUUAUUUAUCCAUUUAUAUUUCUAUAUUUUUUACAUGCCAUGCAUAAAUAACUUGUAUUAUAUUUUAAAUGUAUAAUAUAAUAUCUGAAUUCACUUGAAUUGAUGUUCUUUUUCUGAACUUUUAUACCAGAAAAAUAAGUAUUAACUUGAAAAGUGAACGAUUUCCACUGAAUAUUUGUAAUAAUUUUUCAGUACUUUUAAAUUUUACCAUCUACAAGUAUUUUGUUGUUAAAUGACUGUUGUGUAUACCUGUUGUUAAAAACAAUCAUUUCUCAUAUUUUUUUUACUUAAUUCAUUUUCCUGUGCAUUUUAACUUUAUUACAUUUACCCAUUAUCAGUGCCGGUGGAAGACAUUUUCGUGCCCCAGGCGAUAGUGGCAUACUUUACUCGAUUUUGGAAAAGAAAUCUGAAUUUUAUUUUAUUUUUAAAAAAAAGACCUUGAAUUGUCUCACUGGUGUAGUCAUGACACUGCAGAAAAUUUGCUUUUUAUAUUAUGAAUUAUAAUAUUUCUAACAGAUAAUUAAAAAUUUAUACCAAACUAGAGAAUUUAAAAAUCUAUAUGUUAAUUUAGAAAACAUGUGAGCAAGAUAAAUAGCAAUUAAUGCAUUCAAGGUAAAGAGAGUGAUUAGUUUCAUUAAUUAGACUCAACCAUUCUAGAAAUAUUUAUUAUAGCUAUUAUUUUUAAUGAACAUAAUCUCUAAUAGCAUGCAAAUAUAUGAUUAUAAAAAUUAUUUUUUCAUGCGUUAGCAGUCGCAAUUUUCAUAGACUCUUCGAAACCAAUUGUUUUUGUGGUUUAAUUUUCAAAAGAAAUUACUAUUGUGUUUUGCAUUCAAUCUGUCGCUGUUUUAAAAAAUUGAAAAUAGGUUUAUAAAAAUUUUCACACAUUUCAUGACUCAUUCACUGGUCCAACUAUUUAUUAAAAUGCCCUUCAGUAAUUCUAUUUUAAACAAAUUCUCUACUGUUUGUUGCUGAUAGGUGUUAAUACACCCAUUCACUGAUCCAUUGAUUGGUGCCCUUUCAUUUCUCAUUCUUACUUUAUUUACCUUCCCCCCAUCGUGGCACCUAUCCCUUCCGCCGGCCCUGUCCCUUAUAAGCCAUUUCAUUUAUUUGUGUUACUUUCAUUAUUAUUCUUAAAAAUAUUUAAAAAGGAACUGUUUAAGUUUAUAGUUUCGAAUUUAAAUCAAUUUUUUUUUAAUUUACGCAUACAUUUUGCUAGUCUAAAAUGCCAAAAUAGAAAAUGCCUACAAAGGUGAUAUUUACAUAUUUUGUCUUUUAUUUACUUAAUGCAGUGUAUUUGUUUUGAUAACUGCAUUUGUUACUUAGUCAUUUUCUAUCUAAAAUUUAUUGCUGUUAUAUUUUUAUUGAUUGCCUUUACAUUGCUUGAGUGUUUAUUUUGCUAUUUGUUUACAAAUUUUUAUUUUU